UAGCCAUUACAGAUUUUGAAAAAUGAAAAAUAUUGCCCAUCUUUUCGUUCUCAUCGUUUUCUCCCUGAAUUCCAUGUCUGGUACAUUCCACGUGGUUCUAGUACAACUCUAUAGUGAUUUCAGUACAAUUAGCUUCUAUCUUCUGGAGUUCCGGCAACCGGCCCGGCAACACUGCACUUCUGCACUCAGUGACCUCAGUGUUUUCAUUGCUAUGGCGGACGACACAGACGUGGUGGAGAUAAUCGACCUAGAAGACGACGAUAGCGAUGUGGAAAUCAUCGAAAUCGGCAAGGACGAUCCACGUUUGGACUUUUUCAGUGACAAGUUCGAUCCCCUGUUGGCUUUGCGAGCGCCCGGCGUCGAGGUGCUCGAUUCCACGGCGAAAGUCUUCGACAAUUUGUCUGCUUACGAAGUGCACAAAGACGACGAACAGAAUCCCAACGCCAAGACGGGUAGAAAACAACCCAAGAAGGCGGCCGAAGAGACGGUGAUACAAAGGAAAUGGAAGGAACAUCAGCUUCCUGUCAGGAAUAUACGAGUGAGGAAGGUGAAGAAUCUCUGGUCCAAAAUGGAGCAAAUGGAAGGACCUUUAGCGUUGCUACAGAAGUGUAUCAAGGAAAGAUUAAGGAUUAAGGUUUGGACAAGGAACGACAGAAGAAUCAGGGGUUACUGUUUAGCCUACUUGGUUGCGUUCGACAAGUAUUGGAAUAUGUCAUUGGAAGAUGUCACGGAAGUUUGGAGUCGACCGAAAAAACGGAAAGUGCCAGCAUUAGACAGUGUUGGCGAUGGAAAUGAAAGAAUCAAGCCUAGAGUGGAACCUCCCAGCAUAUCAGUUACUCCUCAUGCGACAGAUAAAAAAUUGGAAAAUUGUAAGAGGUUCGUACCUCAGUUGUUAAUACGAGGUGAACAAGUGGUGAUUGUAAAUGUUGUUGAAGAUGUGAAUGUGGAAGAGAAAAGUAAACCAGAAGGUUCGAAAAGUGGUAAAAAUUAAACUACUAUGGGUUUCAUUUUUGAUGAUGGAGAUAGUCUGUGAUUGAGUUGAUUGGGCUUCGAAAAGUCUUUAUCAGUAGCUGAUGUAUGCUUAUGUUGUAUGUGUAUAUAGUUUUUUAUAUGAAUAAACCAAGCUAUUUUUCCUACAGA